AUGGAAACGGGGAAAUUGUUGGAGCGUGGUGACGAAGGAAAUUGUGAUGACGAUCAGGGAACUCAAAUUGAAUGUGAUGAUCUCCGGGAUCUCUUGGAUAGGGAAUUUUACAGAUCGAGAGAGUUUUGGAUGAUGGUUCAUGAAAAGCAGAGUAAAGGGUUGCCAUGGAAUAAAGCUAUGGAUGAAGUUCGAGUUGAAAGACUUAUUCAGAACUACAAAGUUAAUGGGGAACUGGACGGCGAAGACCCAGCACUUGUGAUGUUAAAACAUUGGCCAGCAUCUAAACAGUACAAGGAUAAACCUGACAAACUUCCAGGCCUUGAAAAGCUGGUGAAUCAGUUUUUGGAGAUUAUGUUAGAUAGUGAACUAAACCCAGGAAACAAAUAUGAGCUAUUCAAAGAUGAAAACGAAACAAAGAAGACUUUGCUGCACUAUUCUGCUGAAGCUGGAUUUUUACAAAUCACCAAAACACUCUUAAAGAAAUGUCCUGGUCUGCUGGAGGCAGCAACAGAACGUCAAUUAAUACCCAAGAAAAAAAGAGCCAUGUUACCAGUUGAGUUGGCAUUGAAUGCAGAGAAUGAUGAAGUGGCAGCUUAUUUGGUUAGAGCAAUGCGGCAUGAGAGUGUUACAAGGCUAUUUUCUUGGAGACCAGAAGACAUAUCAAAUCCACAGCCAUCUCUCUUCAGUUUUCAGGCCAUCAUUGAGAAUCCCAAAAUGAAGAAAACAGUCGUGGCUGUAUUAGACCAGAUGGUGAACCCUCACUGGCCUUACCUUCCAAAACGCAAGGACACUUAUGUCUCCCAAGAAGAAAAGAAGGGAAUAGAAGGAGUCUGGAAGACAAUCCCGGAAGAUCCAUUGAAUUAUUAUUUUCAUUAUGCUAUCUUGGAUGGUGAUGGGGGUGGUAGACCACCAAAAGUUACGUUAUCAGAAGGACACACAGUGUCAGAUAACAAAUGUUUCAACCAGAGAGAUAAGUCAUGCUUAAACAUGAUUGCCAAGAGUAACAAUAAGGAGGCUUUGCAACAUCCAGUGGUUAGAAUGUUGGUUAAGACAAAAUGGAAACGUUAUGGACAUUUCUUCCUCAGCCUUCAGACAGCAUUGUAUGCCAUCUUCUUGCUGUUCUUGUCAUUUUCUCUGCUAUAUGGGUCAACCAAACCAGACCCCACCCAGUACAGGGGUGCAGCAGAUUUAUGGUGUGGAUUCUGUGAGAUUGUCACUCUUCUCAUGGCUGUCUUUUACAUGUGUGAAGAACUGAAUCAAUUGAGAAUAGAAAGAUAUUCCUACUUCUCAGAGUGGAUGACCCUGUUUGACUGGUUAGGCCUGUUAUUGGUCCUGUGUGUCAUUCCCUUACGGUUCACUGGUAACAAAGCUCAGUGGACAGUUGCAUCUUUGGCAGUCUUGUUUAAUUUCAUGAGGAUUUUUAAGUUCUCAUGUGUAACAAGGACUACAGGACUAUACACAAAAACUCUUGCAAAGAUCAUUCAGCAAGACUUGACAAGAUUCAUGGCAGUUUUUGUUGCCAUUUUCCUUCCAUUCAGUGGAGCCUUGUUUUUAUCUCUCCGCUCAUCCAAUCAAAACCAAGAAUUAAGUGGCUUUGGAGAUGUAUUAUUAAGCGGUGUUCGUGCCCUGUCCGAGCAACGACCCUUUGUAGCAGAUUUUUCAAGCUUCAAUUGGCUCUCCAUGCUGUUGAUGCUAAUGUACAUGGGAACUGUACUUGUGAUUCUGCUCAACAUACUCAUAGCACAGAUGAGCACGACCUACAUACAGGCCAAGAAAGUCGCCCGUCUGGAGUAUGAUGUGGAUCGUAUUUUACAGCUCACUCGCAUGGAGAGAUUUCCUUUUUUGAAUUUGCGCGUGAAGUAUUACAAAGAGGGAGAGUGGAUCAGUGAAAAGAAACUUGCGGAAGAGCUUCUUGAGUUCAGUGAAGAUCGCAAUCCUUGGGAAUCAGUGGAAGAAAAGCUUAACGCGAUUAGGUAA